AUGGCUGCCGCACAGCAGGUUGCGAACGCGUUCACCGUCGAUUUCAUCGAGCGUGUAGCAAAGAAUGCGGCAAGCAUUGCCGAUCUCUACGGCCGCCACGCCACACUCACAGUCAACGACUUCGAGCUCGGCAUCUCUGAGGUGCAUGACAGCUAUGUGCCGAUCGCUGUGCAGAAGUGGGCUGUCUCGCUCCAGGGCAGUCGCCUGCGUGUGGACAGCGUUAAUGCCGCGCCCCUCUACGGCGGCGUCAACGUGUUCGUGACGAUGACCGCCUUUGGGGAAAUGCAGCAGUACUACCACAUCGUCACAACGCUGGAGUCCUUCCAGGACACCUACGGCAUGGACGGCUACUAUGUUCGUCACCAGGUCAUUGCCCGUAUCGGCGCCGUCACUCCGGAGCCGCCAGCGUCCGAGCUGACCCCGGCCGCCGUGGAGAAGUCGGAGGCGCCCGCGCCUGAGUCUGAGGCGGCCCCUGCGCAGCCGGCGCCAAAGCCGGAGGCGACCGAAGAGCCUGCGCCGGCCGCCGCCCCUGCGGAGUCGGAGGAAGAGGAGGAGAAGCCUGCACCAACGCCGGUGAGCAGCAAGCCGAAGAGCUGGGCUAGUCUGGUGAGCAGCGCCCCGGUGAAGGCAGUUGAGCACAAGCCGAUGCGCGUGGUGGCCCACGAGGGUGGCAAGAAGCCGACCGCUGAGCCUGCUGCCACGGCUGCGGCUGCGCCGGCGCCCAAGCGCCUGCCGCUGCGUGAGCGCAAGGCAUCGGAGGCUGUGGGUGACCGCCUCAUGUUCAACACGACCGGCUCCGUGACAGACGAGGAGAUCCGCGCUGCCCUCGGUCCAAUGUCUGCCCACCUCGUGUCUCUGCGCAACAACUCAGCCAAGGGCCACGUCUUUAUGGACUUUGCGGAGAAGGUCAACGUCUUUGAAGAGCUCUCCAAGGCGCAGCCGGUUAUUGGCGCCUCCAAGGUGAAGAUGAGCGUCUUUCGCCAGCGCGCACGCGAGUAG